GUGUGGUGUCAUAUGUGUGGCUUCCUGCCUGAUGAAGAUUAAAAACCUCACAUGUCAACACCUUGCACAAUUACACGGCACUUUUUUUAAGGGCGGCAUUUAAACCAUUUUCCAGCUGCUGUCAAGUGACUGAUUCACACAUUUAUUUUGGUCAAAUGUGCAAUAUAAAUAGCUCUGCUUGUUAUGAAGAACAUUUUUGCAGUGACUUGUCUCCCACAGCAUGAGUGUGUGUGUCUGUGUGUGUGAGAGAGCGCUCCCUCCCUCCACCUCUGCCUGGCUGUCAGCUUGCCUCGACCACGUAGCAGCUUCCUGGCAGCGGCAGCAGCUUGUGUCUACUCUCCCUCGCUCUCUCUCUCUGACACACACACACACACUCAGUGUCAGUAGCCUAUGUAGAACCACGUAGCACCACCUUUGGAUUUUAACCACCAACAGCACCAGCCCAAGCGGCAAUGGAUCUCUUUGAAUUCGACUUUUUCAGAGACUGGGAGCUUGAACAACCAUGUCAUCUGGAGUCAGAGCGCAGCGCUCUGAAGAGGAGAGAGUGGGAGAGGAGGAACCAGGAGGUCCAACAGGAUGAGGACUUGUUCUCUACUGGAUUCAACUUGUUUGGAGAACCCUAUAAAACUAAUAAAGGUGAUGCAUUGGCCAAUCGUGUCCAAAACACGCUGGGCUCGUAUGAAGAAAUGAAAGACCUGUUAACCAGCCAUUCCAACCAGAGCCACUUGGUGGGAAUCCCCAAAGGAACAACAGCGAACAGCAACCUGCAGCAAGCCCCGACCACGUCAGCGACAGAGAGACCCGCCAUAGAGCCAUCCCAGCUUUUUAACGAAGCCCUGAGAGGAGGAGCAGGUGGAGGAGGAGGAGGUGGAGGAGGAGGAGCAGAGACAGGUGGGGACAAGAAGACAGGGAAUACACCCUCUUCCUCUACAGCUUCAAUGCAACCACCCCCUUCAACCACAUCCUCAUCAACAGCAAUCCCACAUCAGAACUCCAAAAAGUCCCGGAGCUCCAUGGACUGGUCAAGGGGAGGCCACGGACAGAGCACCCAGGGGACAGGCCUUGUUGUGGGGUUAGGACAGAAUGGGCAGGGGCAGGUGACAGCAGGAGCUACCACCAGCAGAGGGAAAAUGUCUUUGUUGGAUGAGCAGCAAAGACAUGACGAGCUGUUCAGCUCACUCAAAGAUGAACUUGGUCUAAAAGAAGAUUCAAGCCCUUCUUCUUCCUCAUCAUCUUCCUCUUCCUCUUCUUCUAGAAGGCACUCAUCCCACCCAGCCAAAACCCACCCACUCGCCGAUGGUGGCAACUUUCGAUCUACUGCCAUGGAUGGUGGCCACUUUAAGUCUUCCACUAAUGCAGAAAAUGGUGGAUAUUUUAAAUCCUCCCCAUUUGAAAGUGAGACAGGCUCCCACCUCUGUACAUCGUCCUCCCCGUUGGCUUCCACAUCAGUUCUGACAACACCCACUCCAGGUCUAACCACGCCCACAUCUGGAUUGACCACGCCUACAUUCCCACCUGGUAGCCUAUCAGGGAAGCCGAUAGCUGUACAGCAGAAGCCUACGGCGUAUGUUCGACCAAUGGAUGGCCAAGACCAGGCGCCUAGUGACUCUCCCCAACUUAAACCCCCUCUAGUGGCCACAGAGGGAUUUAACAGCAGUCAGGCUUAUGGAGGAAACUCUGGAAAUGCGAAGAGUAAACUGCCCAAGCUGAGUCUCAACCACACAGGAGAGGUCAGCCUACCAAACGACUCCAGCUGUGUUGAAGAGAUUCUGCGGGAGAUGACCCAUUCCUGGCCUCCUCCACUAACAGCCAUACACACUCCUGGGAAAGCUGAUCAGACCAAAUUUCCCAUCCCAAACAAGGAGUCACAGCAUGUGACCUCGGGCUACAACACCCAGAAGCGAUGUACUGUAUCAGCUAACAAGCCUGCUGCUAAACCACCAACUGCACCGCAGAAGUCAAUGUUGGAGGAUGACCUGAAGAUCAGCAGCGACGAGGAAGAGGCCGAACAACAGGUGUCCGACAAGCCUAAAGCCAGAGCCGCAGCCCUGAGUGGUGCAUCAGGGAGCAGCAGUGAAUCAGAAAGCAGCUCAGAGUCUGACACCGACGAGUCUGAGAGCAGCUCCAGUGACAGCGAGUAUAAUCAGGCCUCCCGCACAAACACUCCAGAGCCCGAGCCUCCGUCAACCAACAAGUGGCAGCUGGACAGCUGGUUGAAUAAGGUCCAAGCUCAGACCAAACCCCUGGUUCCCCCACAACAAGAACAUCAUGGCACAGGCUCCAUCAACCAGGGUCCAGAGACAUUCUCCCCAGGCAAUGAGGCACCGGGAGUGGGUACGGCUGCCAAAACCAAGCCCUGUGGAUCGAGCAGUACGCCUGUUCCAGCUGCACCUACAGUGGAGCACAAGGACACGAGGGCAGCUUUCUGCCCGGGCAGAGAGAAGGCAAAGGCCAAGCUGAGCCAGAAGGCCUCGGGGGAGGGCCAGAGGUCUAAGAUGAGGCUGUCGCUGGGCCUGUUGUCGGGGCCUGAGGUCACGACCCCAAGGAGGAACACCACAGGGAAGAAACAGCCCAGACGGACAGAGAGGUCAAACAGCGUGGAGGAUAAUCAGAACCAGACAUGGAACAGAGCAAACCAGCACAGCCCCGCAGCGAGGGAGAAGGACCUGUUGCCUCCCCCCUCCCUGGAGCAUCAGAACCCCCCGAGGCCACGUAGUAAACCUCCCGGUGGGAAAACAGCCCCAAGGAAAGAACCUCGCAGUGCUACCAACUCAAACACUAACACAGCCACUCCACCAGCAGCGCUACAGCAAACCCCACUGCCAGUACCUGCUGUCAGUGUAAACCAGGACAAGCGGAAACACAGAGGUCCCAGCACCAGGAUCACACCCAAGUCCAGAGAAUUCAUCGAAACAGAUUCCUCCUCCUCUUCGUCAGAAUGCCAGUCGGAUACGGAGGAAGCCAUCAAAAUCCCAGCUUUGCCGCCACAGAUGACACGCUCUGCAAUUAACACGCAGACUCUGUCCAACGCACACAUGCACGCGCCUCUUCUCCCAUGCCUUGGCUCUGCUGGCGGUGUGGGGAGUCUGGGAACAUUUGGAGGGAAGGGACUUCGAGUCAAAGAUGGUAGCAACGUGCCCACUAACGGUAGCAGCAGCAGUAGUAACGGUAGCAUCGGCAGCAGUAGUAACGGCAGCAGUAGUAGCUGUAACUCCCUGAGCAUUAGCAACAUAAGUGGUUCAUUUGGCACCUCUGUUCCCGAUCCUGGAGGGUUAGGAGGGCAAAGCAAAGACCUGGAGCCCAUGUCACCGCCUUCCAAUCUGGGACACGAGGUGCCUCUCUCACCCUUGAGGGAAUACCAUGAGAUCCAGAGUUUAUGGGUAAAAAUUGACCUGAGUCUGCUCAGCAGGGUGCCCGGCCAGUCCGCGGGGGAAAGAUCAAGGGUGGGAAUUUCAGAAAGGGAUGGGAGUGAGGGGAGAGACAGAGAGAGACAAGGGGAGAGGGAGAGGAUAGGUGUGGCAGAGAGGGAGAGACAGAAGCAGGAAGACAGAGAGUGGCCGGGGCUCAGAGAGAGACAGAAGCUGAUGAAAGGGGAGAGACAGGAGGAAGAAAAUGAGCGAUUAGUGCAGGACAGAGAGAGGCAAGGUGAGAGAGAGCGAUUAACAGAGAGAGAGAGGCCGAUGGACAGAGAGGACAGGGAAAGAUUCGGACUCGGGGAGAGAGAGAGGACGGCAGUGAGGGACAGAGAAAAGAUGUGCCAGGGUCUGGGGGUCCCGGACAACAACCCCGUGCAAGAGCAGACUAAUCCCAGGCUGGCUGGGAGGACGGAGAGAGCAGAGAAUGGAGGUAAACACAGAAGGCAGGCGGCUGCAAACAUGGUGGUUCCACCCGAGAAACACGCAAGCAAGAGCAAGAGGAAACACAAGUCGGACCACGGAGACUCAUCAGUGAACUGCAAUAAGAAGCUGCGAUUGGACAAAGACUGUCUGCUCCUCCCACCCUGCAUCUCUCCAAUACACAACCAUAAGAGCAGCACGGCAGAUAGCUCUCUGAACAGGAAGCAGUCCCGACGGCACGAUGAAAAGCUGCUCCCGCCGCUCCUGUCCCCUCUGUCCGAUGAUCCGCCUCGCAAACGGCCCUGCGACAGCAGCUCCUCUCUUAGCCAGGAGGCCAGCGCCGCUGGGAUGCUGCCCUGCGCCGCCUCCGCUGCUUCCACCUCCUCUUCCUCACACAGACACCGGAGAGGUGAAGGAAAAACAUCAGCGCAUGUGAGAAAUGGCAGUGAAAUGGAUUCCCAUGGCGAGAAGCCCUGUGGAGACGGUUACCAUACCAACGGUCAUUCAGACUCGGAGGUUUGGUCGGAACCCCUGAUGGACCCCGCAGAACCCCGCAGGCCCAAACUCUCAUUCAGUGACACGGUCCACAGUGCUGACUUCUACAUGCAGGAGGCCAAGAGACUGAAGCACAAGGCUGAUGCUUUGAUGGACAAAUUUGGGAAAGCAGUGAACUACGCAGACGGCGCUCUGUCUUUCAUAGAGUGUGGAAAUGCUAUGGAGCGAGAUCCACUAGAGGCCAAAUCACCAUAUACAAUGUACUCUGAGACUGUGGAACUAAUCAGGUAUGCCAUGAGGUUGAAGAACUUCACCAGCCAUUUAGCCACCAUCCCUGAGAAGAAACUCGCCGUGUUGUGUAACCGCUGUCUGUCUCUGCUAUAUCUGAGGAUGUUCCAUCUGAAGAAAGACCACGCUGUCAAGUACUCGCGGUCGCUCAUGGAGUACUUCAAGAAUUCAGCCAAGAGUUCCCACCAAGCACCCUCUCCCUGGAGGACCAAUGGAAAGGUCAACGGGACUCCGUCUCCUCUGUCGCUUAGCCCUUCUCCAGCCAGCAACGGAGGAGGAGCGGGAGGAGGAUCCGGAGGUGCACCGGGGUCAUCGGGCAGCGUGGCAAUUCCCCAGCGGAUUCACCACAUGGCUGCCAGUCACGUUAACAUCACAAACAACAUCCUGCGGAGCUACGAACACUGGGAGACGUCUGACAGACUGGCCGCUGAGAGCCAAGAUUUCUUCCAGGAGCUGGACUCUGUGAUGGAGCCGUUGAGUCAGCAGAGCAGCAUGACAGAGCUGGUUCGCUACGUAAGGCAGGGACUGCACUGGCUCCGCAUAGAGGCUCACCUGCUGUGAAGACUGGACUAGAGCCAACAUUAAGAAAAAGAAGAAAUGGGCUGGGAGCUAGAACUCAAGUGAGAUGAGACCCAGAACGAUGCUUCAGUUCCCACUGGGAUCCUUUGAAUGUCUUUACACCAUGCAUGGUAAUAUAAUGGCUUACACCAGGUGGAUUAAUUGGGCUGAAAUCACCUUUAAUUAGGAGUGAACAGUAACUAAGUUUGGGAAUUUCAGCUGUGAACCACAGAAUACAAAUGAUCAUAUUAACAAUUUGGCUGAUGCUGCUUUUUUGGGGGGGAGCAACAGUAUACAAGUGAUUGUAGCUUUAACUCCUGAAGGGAACGCACAUGUUCCCAACCUCAUCUCCCAGUUUCACUGAGAUGGGUUCAUUCUCCAACAGACAAGUGUGAGGCUGAAUGUAGGGAAAGAGCCUCAACAGAGGCUCACCUCUACCAGCAGUGGACCAGAAAUGUGUCAAUGAUUAGGAAAGAAUUAAAGCUUUAGGCUGAUAUUGAUCCAAGUGGAAGAGUACCAGUCCAAUCUAUUAGUUAGGGACCACACUGGUAAAGAGGCUCAGCUACAACCACUAAUGGAGGCUAAAUUCAUUACACUUCUUUUAUUUCACUCCAUCUUCAGUCUUUAAAGAGGGAUCCUCAACAACCAACCAAAAGCUAGAACCUGCAGUUAUUAGUUAGUACAGAGUUACUUUAUUACAUUUAAAGCCUCAGUCACACUAGAGAAAACAGGACAGCUAUCUGUUUGUGACGGGGAGGAUCACCUGUUGAUCGGUGACUGCACUGAACUUGUUCCACUUACAGUGAGUCGGUGCAAUCAGCUGGUUGCCCAGAGAUUGAGCAGCACUCAACCUCUGCUUCACCACUUCCAGUUGCAAGGCAGUUGCACAAGUUGACAGGUUGCCUGUCGAGCAGCAACCUGUCUCCAAACAGAGUGCAACUCAGACUGACUGCAGUCGCUCUCAGACAGAUUCGAUUAUUGCAAUCAGUCUGCACAGAUGAGCACAACUUGACAUAUUUGCGACAGGGAACUCGGCUCAAAUGGUUGUUGCGUUCUGCUUAUAUUCCUACAUCAAAGCAAGACUGCCGAGCCCCCACAUCAGGAGCUACGUGACUUUUGCUGGAGGAAUUUCUGAGUUCCUGUUUCCAGUCUAUGAUCUUCUGCAGUUCAUGUCAAUUUGUGUGCCUGUAGACGGCAACAUAUUUGUGACAGAUGGCAACAGAUUUGAUAUUUUCACCGAUUUAUUGCCAUUAAUCCAUGUAUUAUCACAAACAGAUUGCACAUAUUUGCCAGCUUGACCCAGUUCACAAUCGCAAAGUGACUCCCUGUUUUUCACCAUCGUAUUCCACCAAAGUAGGAGACUGAGCAGUCGGACACCUGGUCGCCAUUUUCAGAGCAACCGUUUCAGAGUUUCCCUAGUGUGACUGUAGUGUGACGUGAUGACAUUUCGGUUUAGUAAAAAUAUCUAUUACUCUGGUUUAAUUUGGGAGUAAAGAAGUUAAACUGUUACUCUCAACAAUGGCAAAAUUAACUUAUUGGCAGUUCAGGAAGAACCUUUAUGCCACAUUUAAUUUCUGAAAAGCACACAGUGCAGUUGGGUUUUGUGUUUCUCCUCAGUAUCACACAGACAGUCUAACCCACUCCCACCAGGCAAAGCCCGAGAUUCACACAGUUUAAACAAACGAGCACUAGCAAAAAGGGAAUCCUUCCUAAUGAGAUUUUUGUAUUUAAAUGAGGAUCUUUUGACCAAAUAAAAUUGUAAACUACAUUACAGGUACAAUAGGGCAAAGCUUCAAAAAUAUCUAAAGUCUUGUAGUAUAAGUUGAAGUUUCAGUUUUGUGGGCUACCAGAACAAACAUCCAGUUUGCUGGACCUACAAAUAAGGGCUUUCUUCCAUCACAUAAAGCAUCUGUCUGGUUCUUCUCUUGCUGGUUAUGAGCUUUUGUGAAAUUCCACUCAGUUCUAGUUCCCAUAGUAACCCACCAACUAAGGCGUCAAACACUUACUGGGGGGAAAAAACUACAAGAUUCAGUAUGAUUUGGCUCUAAUUAAGCCCCCACCCACAUGCAGAGCAAGUAAACAGGGUGAAACUGUCACAUCGGCUUUUCUGCCCUGAUGUCAGAAACAAAAACUAUAUCUGUGACUUUGUACAGCACGUAAUGAGAUCAAAUCAACUGCCGGGUGUCUUAUAGUCGUUUCCCCACAUUUGUUGUGCUGUGUCGUUAGUGUGUAUACGUGUACAGCUUAUUGUGAAGUCUAUUUAAAAUCAUUACCUGACCGAACAAUAACGAUGUUUGUGUACAAUAAUGUACAGACUGUGACUCCUGAAAACAGUGUUUCUUGUGUCUUGUGAAUGAUUCAAUGUGAGCGAAUGAGGAAGUGCUGCAGGUAAAUGGGGCAUCUACGUGUGUGUGCCAGCGCGCAGGCUAUAGCUGCAUUUACAAAGCGCCAAAGUGAUUUUGAAGUCAUCGUGGCGCAUUAAAAACAAGAGACCACGCUGUUUCUACGUUUUCACGUUCGCCAUCAAGACUCCAAAUCAGUUUAUUAUGGUCUUUGUAAAUCCAGCACAUUAAGCAUGAAUUUUUAAGUUUUGGAUCAUUUGACCAUCGCUGAAUGUGUAUGGAAGACAAUGCAGAUGUGAAAUGUAAUUUUCACUUUGACAAAAACAAAAAAGGAAAAAAAAAAAAGGAAACUCAAGUGCCUCUAUUUGUGUCCGGUGGGAAUUGCUCUAUUUAUUUAAAACAAAGAAUGAAUCUAAAUGAUUUUCCAUACCAUAUUGGUAUAAAUAUGAGAUUGUUUUUCGUAAAAUCAAAUGUUUCCAUAAGCUUUUUACUGGCGUUUAUGAAGACACCAGGGUUUGGCUUUAAA